AGAGAGAGAUGGCCACCGUAGCCGGGGCCGGAGGCGGGAAGAUGCUGCCGCGGCGGCGACGGCUGCCCCUCGGCGACCUCACCAACCUCCCCUCCUCCACCUCCGUCGUCACCCGCCUCAAGCCCGCCGCGCGAUCCAAGCCCCGCUCAAGCCCCACCGCCUGCAGCAGCACCAGCAGCAUAGGCUCCUCCACCGUCCCCCGCUGCGCUCCGCCUCCUCCUCCCCCUCCGCCUCUCUCCGUUGCUGUGAUCAAGGGCAAGGACAAACCCACAAGGGAGCUUCAAAGUUCUACUGCUCACCUAAAGAAGAUUCGAAAGAUCAGUAAACCAAAGGUGAAGACUGGAGACGCACUGCCUGUGGCGUCAUCACCUCCCAGCAAAAAGCCAAGGAAGCUAACAAGGGGAGAGCCCCUGCACAUGGAUCCUUUGGACCAGAGUUCUGGUGAGCUGCUACCAAAUGUAAAAACUGGAGACGUGCUGCCUUGGGCAUCAUCACCUCCUAGCAAAAAGACAAGGAAGGUAACAAGGGAAGAGCCACUACACAUGGAUCUUUCCGACCAGAGUUCUGGUGAGCCGCUACCAUUACCAAGUCAGGAUUUCAUCGAGGAGCGGAGAGCCUACUUUGCGGAGAUCGAUGCGUUUGAGAUGGUUGAGGAGUUUGUUUCAUCAGAAAGUGACCUACAGUAGAUGUUUUCGACCUUCUGCUCCGUGCUUUGUAUGAAGUAUAUAAGUUGGAUAUAUACACAGGAAAUAGAAGAGAACAAUCACAUAUUGCACAUGGGUAUGGUCUUGUAGAAAUUAGCAGAGUUUCCUCGUAGAUUGCGGAGUGAAGCGAAGUAUUGCAGUGAUUCCUGUAGAUUGGCAUAUCCUCUACUGGUAGUAAGCAGUCUCAGUUAAACCAGUGUAGUAAAUAUAGAGGGUGGUAGUAUAACACUGGUGGAUCUUACAUGUGUUGCACCUAUAUCGUGAAUUGGGAUGAUAUAACUAAUAUUGCUGCUACCAUUUAUAUAUACAGCAAAGAAACACCAAAAGUGUUCUCACUUUUUA